UAAAAAAAUCUUGUUAUCAACGAUUCGCGGCGGUUAAGAUGGAGAUAAACUAUGGAAUAAUCUGGACCGUUGGUGUUAAUCACGCGCGAGUAAUAAAAGAGAUGAUACGAUGUCCCAUGAAAAUCGGAUCCGGAUCCGAAAAAAGCUGACCCGUUUUUGAAGCGGUUCCCGAAGCAUAUACCGUUUUGGGCCCAGUCAACAGUACAAGGCUCUUUGGUGUCGCUUCGUAUAAUCAGUCAUCGGCCUUUCCCGAUGCUGUUCAAAGUCAUAGAGGGUUUAUUAAUGCUUUCACUCUCACUUUCACUCUCACUCACACUCUCACUCACACUCGUCCUGCUCCAAUGGAGAGAUACAGUAGAGUGGAGAAACCAAAACUAGGUUCUCCGAUCAACGAGAACGAGAUCCGUAUCACCAGCGUUGGACUUAUUCGUAACUACAUCAGCUAUGCCAUCACUCUUCUUCAUGAGAAAGGUGCGAAGGAGAUUGUGUUGAAGGCGAUGGGGCAGGCGAUCAGCAAGACGGUGACAAUCUCUGAGAUACUCAAAAGUAAAGUUCCAGGCUUGCAUCAAGAUGUUAAUAUCAGUUCUAUGAGCAUUACUGAUGUGUUUGAGCCUAUUGAGGAAGGUCUUUUACCGGUGGAGGUGAUACGUCAUGUUUCCAUGAUUUCAAUCACAUUGUCUUUGAGUGAGCUUAAUCAGGACUCUCCUGGGUACCAAGCUCCAGCACAGAUAGAUCAGUCUAAGCCUCUAUAUCAGCCAAAUCAAGCCCGUCUUCCUUACAAUGCUUACCGUGAAGAUUCUUAUGGUCGAGGUAGGGGACGUGGCAGGGGAAGAGGUGGAUAUGGAAACUACAAAGGGGGUUAUCAAGGGAAGUACAACCAAGGGAACUAUCAAGAAGAUUAUCAAGAAAAUGAUGGCGGGUAUUCAAACCGGGGCAGGGGUCGUGGUCUUGGACGGAGCUAUGGCUAUCGUGGUGCUGGAUAUGGUGGUGGCAGAGAUAGUGGUUAUGGUGGUGGCAGAGAUAGUGGGUAUGGUGGUGGUCGAGAUGGCGGGUAUGGUGGUGGCAGAGCCGGUUAUGGUGGUCGCAGAUAUGGCGGAUACGGUGGAGGCAGAGACCAUGCAUACGGUGGAGGCAGAGACCAUGCAUACGGUGGAGGCAAAAACCAGGGAUAUGGUGGAGGCAGAGACCAGGGAUACGGUGGAGGCAGAGACCAGUCCUACGGUGGAGGCAAAGAACAGGGAUACGGUGGAGGAAGAGAAGAGGGAUUUAGAGGAAGAAGAGGUGGGUUUCGAGGUGGUAGAGGUGACAGGUUUGUUGGAGGUAGAGAUGAUGGAUAUGGUGGAGGCAGAGGUGGAUAUGGUAGAUACGAAGACCAAGGUGAUGGAUAUGGAGGAGGAGGCCAAGGCGACAUGUAUAAGGGAGGUCGAGGCGGAUAUGGUGGAGGCAGAGGCUAUGGUCGUGGACGUGGAAGGAUGGGUAAUGAUGGUCGUUCAAGAGGUGGUGCUAGUAACCAGAAGCAAGCCUAAGUUGUUUCUUAUCCAUUCUCUAAGCUAAAUGGGCAAAUUUGCUUCUCUGCUUUUUUUUUACGUAAAACUUUUAGCACAAUCAUGUUAGUUUUUCUAAGUCUCC